CGGCUGCAGCUGCGCGGAGGGCUGCGCGUUUCUGGAGCGAAGGUUGGUGGUGUCAAAGAAGAUCCGCGGCGGCCGACUGCCUCGCAACGAGCCCUCGAGGAGGGAAGGGGCUGACCUGGGGAGGAGGAAGAGGGGAGCCGGAGGGACGGUGUCUUAACUUGUAGAUCGGAGGGUCGCUAAGCGGAUUUGGAGCUGCUGGGGGGAAAAGACUGUUGGAGAAAUACAGUGCUUGCCUCUCACCGGCUGCCUCGCCACCUCCCACUUUAGCUUUCUUUUGAGUAUCCCAAAGAACACAUUUUCCUCUCCGGCACCCCUUCUUCCUCGCGGCCCUCUAGCAGGCUGGCGGCAAAAAUGGAGAGGAAGGCGAAAUGAAUAGGAGAAGUCCCCGGUUGGCAAAAUUCACGGGAACCUGACGAAUCGCGCCUCUCCGGGGAAUCAGCGGGUUCCGACAAGGGAGUUCUUUUGAACGCCGGGGGUGACCUGAAUGAGGAAGAAAGGAGGAAAAUGUAGCGAGGGGAGCGCGGGAAGAGGUGGGUGAAAGCCGCCCACUUCAGGUGUUUUGAAGAAUGACAGAUUGGUUUUGGACAGGUGGUGGGAACCUUGCUUGCUCGCUCGCUCGAUCUCGUCCUCCCCCCCUACUCUCCCUCCCUCCCUCCCUCUUCCAAGCUCGCUCCCGAAGCCGACGCCACUGUUCGCCUCAGCGUCUCUUUCCAUUUGAUGCCAGGCUCUGAAAAACGCGGAGGAGUUGGAAGGAAGGCGAAGGGAUAUAGUAACGUGGAGAGUUGGGCUUGCUGGCUCCUGGCUGAAAUAAAAAAUCCCAUUGCGCACUGGGUUGUGAUUGGAAAUCUAAUCAGAUCCUUGAAUCGGCGGAGACGGGUGGGAGGGCUGUGAGGGUGGCGAGAAAAACCCUAAAGUUGGUUGGGGAAAAAUGAUGUGAGAGGCUGCUUCUGUGAGAAGAGGGAAUCGGAGCGCCGAGAUCAUGGGAACCCCCGAUCUGUGGUGGCAGCACAUGGACCGGAGAAUCGUGUGUGCGGCUAAGAGAAAAGGACGCGAAGGAUCUUCCCUGGCUCCCGCUGGAUCUUAGCAGAAAGACCCAAAAGAAGAGAAAUCGCCUCCAACGGGCGGGCUGAGGAGUCAUUGCGGAGGCUGGGAGAAAAAAAAAACAGUCGGCAAAAUCUUUCCUUCGGAGGAUUCGAAGGAGUUAAGUGUUGGAGAGAGGGAGAGGCGCAAAGAUCCAGGACCUCACGAGAAGAUCCGGGCAAGAAUGAAAAGUUUCUCGACGAAGAAAGACUCUUUUCGUCGAACUGGUGGUUUUUGGUUUUCCUUUCCUCGUUUUCUUUCCUGAAGCCUUCCCCCCCCCCUCCUCCAAUCUCGUCCGGUCCGUUUGUUCCCGGAAGAAGAAAGAAGUUGAUACACGCAGGGACAUUUGAAAACAGCCACGUCCUAAUAGUGACAGUCGGGGAGGGGGAACGAGGAAGCCGGGAAAGAGAAGUAUCGUGUAAAGGAAGGUAGAAGGGAGAAAAAAAAAAACAACAGCAAGGCUUGGAGCUCUUUUGGACCGAACUAGAUGGAAAAUUGCAGAUGGAUAUUUAAUUUCCUAUCUUUUUUUCCUCCCAUCAAAUUGGAUCUGUUGCCGAGAUGAUGUAGUUUUGCCAUCGGCGCUGGUGCUGCCUGGUUUUGGGUUUUUUUGUUGUUUUUUUUGUUUUAUUUUUCUUUUCAAACACCCCCGCCCCUUUUUCUUCUUCGGAAUUUCAUUCUGGAUAUCCUUCUUUUGCUCCUGGGUGAUUUCAAAUACAAUUAAGACUAUGAAGAAAGACUGGCACUUUGACACAAGUGGGUUGGCUUCAGUCUUGCUAGUCUCCCAAAAGAAGUCCUUUGUGUGUGUGACUCAAGCCAGUAGAAUUACUUCUAGAGUACCUGCUUUACGGGCCAGGAAUUAAGAAGGGUAGAAGAUGGACUAAGUAUUCUGACUAUUGGAACUCCUGAAGGACCAACUCCAAAUAAAUUAUGAAUGUUGAACAAGAUGAGCUUACAUCCACAGCAGAUAAUGAUAGGUCCUAGGUUUAACAGGGCCCUAUUUGACCCGUUGCUUGUGGUGCUACUGGCUCUUCAACUUCUCGUGGUUGCUGGUUUGGUCAGAGCUCAGACUUGCCCUUCUGUCUGUUCCUGUAGCAAUCAGUUUAGCAAAGUAAUUUGUGUGAGAAAGAAUCUGAGAGAGGUCCCUGAUGCUAUAUCUACUAAUACUCGGUUAUUGAAUCUCCAUGAGAACCAAAUUCAAAUAAUCAAAGUGAAUAGCUUCAAACACCUGAGGCAUCUAGAAGUCUUGCAACUGAGCAGGAAUCACAUUAGAACAAUUGAAAUUGGGGCCUUCAAUGGUCUGGCUAAUCUCAAUACUCUGGAACUCUUUGACAAUCGUCUUAGCACCAUUCCUAAUGGGGCAUUUGUGUACUUGUCAAAAUUGAAGGAACUUUGGUUGCGAAACAACCCCAUUGAAAGUAUACCUUCUUAUGCUUUUAAUAGAAUCCCUUCCCUGAGGAGGUUAGAUCUGGGGGAAUUAAAAAGGCUUUCAUAUAUCUCUGAAGGUGCCUUUGAAGGUCUAUCUAAUUUGAGGUAUUUGAACCUUGCUAUGUGCAACCUUCGGGAAAUUCCUAACCUCACACCCCUUGUAAAACUGGAUGAGCUAGAUCUUUCUGGGAACCACUUAACUGUUAUCAAGCCAGGGUCUUUUCAAGGAUUAAUGCACCUGCAGAAAUUGUGGCUGAUCCAAUCCCAGAUUCAGGUGAUUGAAAGGAAUGCCUUUGAUAACCUUCAGUCACUAGUAGAGAUCAAUCUGGCCCACAACAAUCUAACACUACUGCCUCAUGACCUCUUCACACCUCUCCAUCUGGAAAGAAUCCACCUGCAUCAUAACCCUUGGAAUUGCAACUGUGACAUCCUAUGGCUCAGCUGGUGGAUUAAAGACAAAGCACCCUCCAACACUGCAUGCUGUGCCCGUUGCAACACACCUCCCAGCUUGAAGGGAAGAUACAUUGGCGAGUUGGACCUAAACUACUUCACAUGCUAUGCUCCUGUGAUUGUGGAGCCACCAACAGACCUCAAUGUCACUGAAGGCAUGGCUGCUGAGCUUAAAUGCCGAGCAUCAACAUCCCUGACCUCUAUAUCUUGGAUUACUCCAAAUGGAUCUGUUAUAACACACGGGGCUUAUAGGGUUCGGAUUUCUGUGCUCAGUGAUGGCACGUUAAAUUUUACAAGGGUGACCGCGCAAGACACAGGCUUGUAUACAUGCUUGGUGAGUAACUCUGUGGGGAAUACAACAGCUUCUGCAACUCUUAAUGUAACCGCACAGGAGUGUAUUACUUAUUUUUCAACCAUCACAGUAGAAACUGUGGAACCUUCUCAGGAUGAGGCACGGACCACAGAACAGGUUUGGCCCACACCAGUUAUUGAUUGGGACACCACUAAUGCGACAACCUCUCUCACACCACAGAGCACAAGGUCAAUGGAAAAAGCAUUCACAAUUCCUGUGACAGAUUUAAUCAAUGGGAUCCCAGGAAUAGAUGAGGUUAUGAAGACUACCAAAAUCAUAAUUGGUUGUUUUGUGGCAAUCACUCUUAUGGCUGCUGUGAUGUUGGUCAUUUUUUACAAAAUGAGAAAACAACAUCACCGGCAAAAUCAUCAUGCUCCAACACGGACUGUAGAAAUCAUUAAUGUGGAUGAUGAACUUACAGGUGAUACACCUAUAGAAAGUCAUUUGCCCAUGCCAGCAAUAGAGCAUGAGCACUUAAAUCACUAUAACUCUUAUAAAUCUCCUUUCAACCACACAACAACAGUUAACACAAUAAAUUCCAUACACAGUUCAGUGCAUGAACCAUUAUUGAUCCGAAUGAACUCUAAAGACAAUGUACAAGAGACUCAGAUCUAAACCAUUUACAGAUUUAAGGGGGAAUUUAAAACAAAAAAAAGACAGUUUAUUAAAAAAAUGACACAGAUGACUGGGCUAAAUCUACUGUUUCAAAAAAAGUGUCUUUACAAAAAAAGAAAUUUAUUUAUUAAAAAUUCUAUUGUGAGCGAAAGCAGACAAAAUUAUGUGUAUUCCUCAGAACCUCUUUUUGCUGCAUUUAUUUACCCUACUCUACUGAUUUACCUUCCCUUCUUUCCCAUACCUUCCCUUCUAUUCCAUUUGCCAUAUUUUUCAUAGAACAACUUGAUUCUCUAAAGAACUGGUCUAGGAAUUUUUGUAAGAAUUCUGUUAAUGCUUUGGGAAUUUUUAUGGUGAAUUCUAGUGGUGAGAUUCGGUCUAUUUUGUCUUUUUUUAUUUCAUUUUCUUCUCAUUCCCUUUUUGAAAUGGUUCAGAGGGGAAAUGGAUGUUAGCAGUAGAUUUACGAGAACAAUCAAGGAACAGAAACAAACAAAACAAAAUAUUUUAUUUUUAUUUUAUUUUUUCACAUUUCUGUGUUUCCUGAAGGGACAAUUCUGUGAAAGGGGGAAAAAAAUCUAAGAAAUUAAUUUUCAUGUGAGCAUCUAUAAAACCCAUGAUCUUUUAAACAACUCUAGAACCAGGAUUUGUAGUUCAAACACUAAAAUAAGAUUAUAAAUAAAAUAUUGUUGGUUUUUUUUUCUGUACUCAUUUUUAGUGUGAUGUUAAAAUGUCAAAAGGUCGUUCCACAUUUUACAUUUUUUUUUCAUUCAUCAUUCCAUGGCUUUCCUUCAAAAGCAUUCAAAAUAAUGGUAACAAAAAUAUUAUAACAACAUUUUGAAUUUUAACUGAAAGUAAUAAUACACUUUUUUUACUUAAUAACCAGCAUACCAUGCCUAAAGGUUAAUGAUCACAGAAAAUAAUUCAGGAAAUUUACUGGGGUUAAAUAAAUGAAAUGAAUUGUUUGAUGAAUUGAAUGAAAUUUAUCUUCACAUUUGAUCAGAAUUUUUCAUUAGAAAAGUCAUUUUAUUCGUGGAAUGCUCUAAAAAUUCUUCCUCAGAAUUUUGGUUGAGCAGUUCUUGGUUGGACACCAAAGGAUUUGCUUAUCUUGUUAACAAAAAUGUGUUUGUGGGAGCAUCCAUUUUAUAUUUAAAGGUAAGAAGGAGGAAGAAGAAAGAAAGAAAGAAAGAAAGAAAGAAAGAAAGAAAGAAAGAAUUGAAAUGGCAUUUUCUGUCCAAAGUUCUAAAACCACUGGUCCAAAUAAUUUGAUCCAGCACUAAUCUUAACCAUGUGUUGGAAUGUGGCCUUAAUUUGUAAAUAAAGGUUAUAAUUAACCAUAA